AUGGCUCACAAAAACAAGGGCAAGCAACUUGCUCCUGAGCACGAGAGAUUUCUAUCUGCGUGCACUGAUAUCGCGCUGGAACUCGUUGGAUCGCUGUCCAACGGAUCCACCAAAGAUAUCAACCUCAACGCUCUGGUGACCAAGUAUGCUAAGCAAUACAAGCUGGCCUCCCAACCUCGUCUGACAGACAUUAUCGGCUCCAUUCCCGAUCAAUACAAGAAAUACCUGCUACCAAAACUACAAGCCAAGCCUGUUCGAACUGCGUCCGGUAUUGCAGUGGUGGCUGUCAUGUGCAAGCCUCACAGAUGUCCUCAUAUCGCUUACACUGGUAACAUUUGCGUCUAUUGCCCCGGAGGUCCCGAUUCCGACUUUGAAUACUCAACUCAGAGUUAUACUGGAUACGAACCCACGUCCAUGAGAGCUAUCAGAGCUCGAUACGAUCCCUAUGAGCAGGCACGAGGUCGAGUGGACCAGCUGCGAUCUCUGGGUCACUCUGUCGACAAGGUGGAGUACAUUAUCAUGGGAGGAACUUUCAUGUCUCUGGACAAGGAAUAUAGAGAGGGAUUUAUUUCACAGCUACACAACGCUCUAUCUGGAGUUCAUGCGGAGGACGUGGAUGAAGCUGUUCGUCUGGCUCAGCAUUCUAACACAAAGUGUGUCGGCAUCACCAUCGAAACACGUCCUGAUUACUGCACUGAAACACAUCUGUCGGACAUGUUGAGAUACGGCUGCACGCGUCUGGAAAUUGGAGUCCAGAGUGUGUACGAGGAUGUUGCUCGAGACUCUAACCGAGGACACACCGUCAAGGCUGUCUGCCACACCUUUGCAUUGGCCAAGGACGCUGGAUACAAGGUGGUUUCGCACAUGAUGCCCGAUCUUCCAAAUGUGGGCAUGGAGCGAGACCUCGACCAAUUCCGGGAGUACUUUUCGUCGCCCGAUUUCCGAACUGACGGUCUCAAGCUAUAUCCCACUCUGGUAAUCCGAGGUACUGGUCUAUACGAGCUGUGGAAGACUGGUCGGUACAAGUCCUAUAAUGCCAACGCUCUGAUUGAUCUGGUGGCUCGAAUUCUUGCAUUGGUCCCGCCGUGGACCCGAAUCUACCGAGUGCAGAGAGAUAUCCCUAUGCCGUUGGUGACAGCUGGUGUGGAGAACGGAAAUCUACGAGAACUGGCGCUGGCACGAAUGAAGGACUUCGGAACAAAGUGUCGAGAUAUUCGAACUCGAGAGGUAGGUAUACAGGAGGUGCAUCAUCGAGUUCGACCUGACCAGGUGGAACUAAUCCGCCGAGACUAUACAGCCAACGGGGGAUGGGAGACUUUCUUAUCCUACGAAGAUCCCGAGCAGGACAUCCUCAUUGGUCUGCUUCGAUUGCGACUGUGUUCCGAAAAGACCACCUACCGACCGGAGCUGACUGGCCAGAAGACUUCUCUGGUUCGAGAGUUGCAUGUCUAUGGUUCUGCCGUGCCUCUGCACAACCGAGACCCUCGAAAGUUCCAGCACCAAGGUUUUGGUACGCUGCUGAUGGAGGAGGCUGAGCGCAUUGCUCGUGAAGAGCACGGCUCCAAGAAGAUUUCUGUCAUUUCCGGUGUGGGAGUGCGAAACUAUUACGCCAAGCUGGGCUACUUCCUUGAUGGUCCGUACAUGAGCAAGUGGCUGGAUUAG